UCAGAAGGGCCCCCCGUCUUAAGGGCUAAUGGCGGACGCCCGCGGCUUGGCGUUGGUGGCUUAGUCCUUGAAGGAAUUCACUAUCCGUUGGAUACCAACGCCAUCCUUCCUGCUGCAGGGUAAAGACGUGGCCUCGCAGCUUGCCGGGCCCGAGGAGGUGGAAAGUGGCCGCGCGGGGAAGCCCACUUUGACUUGAUACUGUUGGUAUAACCAAGGCCUGGAGUCCUGGGGAUCUCACUUUUGCUGCUACCAUGUUCCUGUACAACUUGACCUUGCAGCGUGCCACUGGCAUCAGCUUUGCCAUCCAUGGCAACUUCUCGGGAACCAAACAACAGGAAAUUGUUGUUUCCCGUGGAAAGAUCUUGGAGUUACUUCGCCCAGACCCCAACACUGGCAAAGUGCAUACCCUCCUCACUGUGGAAGUAUUUGGUGUUAUUCGAUCACUCAUGGCCUUUAGGCUAACAGGUGGCACCAAAGACUACAUUGUAGUUGGCAGUGACUCAGGACGCAUUGUUAUCUUGGAAUACCAGCCAUCUAAGAAUAUGUUUGAGAAAAUUCACCAAGAAACUUUUGGCAAAAGUGGAUGCCGUCGUAUCGUUCCUGGCCAGUUCUUAGCUGUGGAUCCCAAAGGGCGAGCUGUUAUGAUCAGUGCGAUUGAGAAACAGAAGUUGGUAUAUAUCUUGAAUAGAGAUGCAGCAGCCCGACUCACAAUUUCAUCUCCCCUGGAGGCCCACAAAGCGAACACUUUAGUAUAUCAUGUGGUUGGAGUAGAUGUGGGGUUUGAAAACCCUAUGUUUGCUUGUCUAGAAAUGGACUAUGAGGAAGCAGACAACGAUCCCACAGGGGAAGCAGCAGCUAAUACCCAGCAGACGCUUACUUUCUAUGAGUUAGACCUUGGUUUAAAUCAUGUGGUCCGAAAAUACAGUGAACCUUUGGAGGAACAUGGCAACUUCCUUAUUACAGUUCCUGGAGGGUCAGAUGGUCCAAGUGGAGUGCUGAUCUGCUCUGAAAAUUACAUCACCUAUAAGAACUUUGGUGACCAACCAGAUAUCCGUUGUCCUAUUCCCAGGAGACGGAAUGACCUGGAUGACCCUGAAAGAGGAAUGAUUUUUGUUUGUUCUGCCACCCACAAGACCAAGUCCAUGUUCUUCUUUUUGGCCCAAACUGAGCAGGGAGAUAUCUUCAAGAUCACUUUGGAGACAGAUGAAGAUAUGGUAACUGAGAUCCGCCUGAAGUAUUUUGAUACCGUACCUGUUGCUGCUGCCAUGUGUGUGCUUAAAACAGGUUUCCUUUUUGUGGCAUCAGAAUUUGGAAACCAUUACUUGUAUCAAAUUGCACAUCUUGGAGAUGAUGAUGAAGAACCUGAGUUUUCCUCUGCCAUGCCUCUCGAAGAAGGUGACACGUUCUUCUUUCAGCCAAGACCACUCAAAAACCUUGUGCUGGUUGAUGAACUGGACAGCCUCUCUCCCAUUCUGUUUUGCCAGAUAGCUGAUCUGGCCAAUGAGGACACUCCACAGCUGUAUGUGGCCUGUGGUAGGGGACCCAGGUCAUCUCUGAGAGUUUUAAGACAUGGACUUGAGGUAUCAGAAAUGGCUGUUUCUGAGCUACCUGGUAACCCCAAUGCUGUCUGGACAGUACGUCGGCACAUUGAAGAUGAGUUUGAUGCCUAUAUCAUUGUGUCUUUCGUGAACGCCACCCUUGUGCUGUCUAUCGGAGAGACUGUAGAAGAAGUGACUGACUCUGGGUUCUUGGGCACCACUCCAACCUUGUCCUGCUCCUUACUAGGAGAUGACGCCUUGGUGCAGGUGUAUCCAGAUGGCAUUCGACACAUACGAGCAGAUAAGAGAGUCAAUGAGUGGAAGACCCCUGGCAAGAAAACAAUAGUAAAGUGUGCAGUGAACCAGCGACAGGUCGUGAUCGCCCUGACUGGAGGAGAACUGGUCUAUUUUGAGAUGGAUCCUUCGGGACAGCUGAAUGAGUACACAGAGCGGAAGGAGAUGUCAGCAGACGUAGUGUGCAUGAGUCUGGCCAAUGUACCUCCUGGAGAACAACGAUCUCGAUUCCUGGCUGUGGGACUGGUGGACAACACUGUCAGAAUCAUCUCCCUGGACCCAUCAGACUGUUUGCAGCCUCUGAGUAUGCAGGCCCUUCCAGCCCAACCUGAGUCCUUAUGUAUCGUGGAAAUGGGUGGGACUGAAAAGCAGGAUGAGCUGGGUGAGAGGGGCUCUAUUGGCUUCCUGUACCUGAACAUUGGGCUACAGAAUGGUGUGCUGCUGAGAACUGUCCUUGACCCUGUCACGGGGGACCUGUCUGACACUCGAACUAGGUACCUGGGUUCCCGUCCUGUGAAGCUCUUCCGAGUCCGGAUGCAAGGCCAGGAGGCAGUUUUGGCCAUGUCAAGUCGCUCAUGGUUGAGCUAUUCUUACCAGUCUCGUUUCCAUCUCACCCCUCUGUCUUAUGAGACCCUGGAGUUUGCGUCUGGCUUUGCUUCUGAACAGUGUCCUGAAGGCAUUGUCGCCAUCUCCACCAACACCCUGAGGAUUUUGGCAUUGGAGAAACUUGGUGCUGUGUUCAAUCAAGUAGCUUUUCCACUGCAGUAUACACCCAGGAAAUUUGUCAUCCACCCUGAGAGUAACAACCUUAUCAUCAUUGAGACGGAUCACAAUGCCUACACUGAGGCCACCAAAGCUCAGAGAAAGCAGCAAAUGGCAGAGGAAAUGGUGGAAGCAGCAGGGGAGGACGAGCGGGAGCUGGCUGCAGAAAUGGCCGCAGCGUUCCUCAAUGAAAACCUGCCUGAAUCCAUUUUUGGAGCUCCCAAAGCUGGCAAUGGGCAGUGGGCCUCUGUGAUUCGGGUGAUGAAUCCUAUUCAGGGGAACACACUAGACCUUGUCCAGCUGGAACAAAAUGAGGCAGCUUUUAGUGUGGCUGUGUGUAGGUUCUCCAACACUGGUGAAGACUGGUAUGUGCUGGUGGGCGUGGCCAAGGACCUGAUACUGAACCCACGAUCUGUGGCAGGGGGCUUUGUCUACACAUACAAGCUUGUGAACAAUGGGGAAAAACUGGAGUUUUUGCACAAGACUCCAGUGGAAGAGGUUCCUGCUGCCAUUGCCCCAUUCCAGGGGAGAGUAUUGAUUGGUGUGGGGAAGCUUUUACGAGUCUAUGACCUGGGAAAGAAGAAGUUACUUCGAAAGUGUGAGAAUAAGCAUAUUGCCAAUUACAUAUCUGGGAUCCAGACUAUUGGGCACAGGGUAAUUGUGUCUGAUGUCCAAGAAAGCUUCAUCUGGGUUCGCUACAAGCGUAACGAGAACCAACUCAUUAUCUUUGCUGAUGAUACCUACCCCCGAUGGGUCACUACAGCUAGCCUACUUGACUAUGACACUGUGGCUGGGGCAGACAAGUUUGGCAACAUUUGUGUGGUGAGACUCCCACCUAACACCAAUGAUGAGGUGGAUGAAGAUCCUACCGGAAACAAAGCCCUCUGGGAUCGUGGCUUGCUCAAUGGGGCUUCACAGAAGGCAGAAGUAAUCAUGAACUAUCAUGUCGGGGAAACAGUGCUGUCAUUGCAGAAGACCACACUGAUUCCUGGAGGCUCAGAGUCACUUGUCUAUACCACUUUGUCUGGAGGAAUUGGUAUCCUUGUCCCUUUCACGUCUCAUGAGGAUCAUGACUUCUUCCAGCAUGUUGAAAUGCACCUUCGGUCUGAGCAUCCCCCCCUCUGUGGGCGAGACCACCUCAGCUUCCGAUCUUAUUAUUUCCCUGUUAAGAAUGUGAUUGAUGGAGACCUCUGUGAGCAGUUCAACUCUAUGGAGCCCAACAAGCAGAAAAACGUCUCUGAAGAGCUAGACCGAACCCCACCGGAAGUGUCCAAGAAGCUUGAGGAUAUUCGAACCCGUUAUGCUUUCUGAGCCCUUUCUUUGCUUGCUGGAAGUUCUUUUUGUUUCCAGCACCACCAUCUGGCUUCUGCCACAUGGCAGGAGAAAAGUGACCUGGUGAUGAAGACUGAAGUCCCAGCCGAUAGCUCUUCCCCUCAGUUCUUCUUUGGAAUGACCGUUCCCUGUAAAACUGGCACUGAAGUUUGCUCAUUUCACUCUGCCUCGUACAUGAUGCAGAGCCUCAGGCUCCAGUCUGGAAUACCAUAUUCCUUUUCCCCGAGGCUGUCCCUGCAUUCAGAUCUCUGGCACGCUAGUCUACUUUUGUACACACUUUGAUUUUUCAACUGGUUUUCCUGUAAAUAGUUUUGUACAAUGAUACUUUGUGAGACAGGGAGACAAGCUAAGAUGUGGCAGGGUUUGUUGUAAUAAUGGCUUAGUUCUGCCACUCUGGACCCUCCCCCAGAAAUAAUAAAACUAGUUUUUAAGGUGGCCAGCA